GCUCUACGAUUCUACAAUUCUACGAUUUUAUGAUACUUCCAGAAUCACUUUCUGUUUUCGUUUUGCAUUUUGGGCUCAGUUUGCAGCAAUGGAAGGAAGCCAAGGACAAAGUGGAAGCAGGAGAGAGACACCAGACAUUUUUAAAGCACCUGGAAAAGAAAAAUAAAGGAAUUGCUACUCCUGGGAGAGUCCAGGCACAACAUGUUGGUUUUCAAAUAGAUUGUAGGGUCUUCUUUUACUACUGCGUAACAUGAAAAAAAAUCAGCUUUUGAGAACCAGAAGUGGACAGCCAAUUUUUAAUUUUAAUUUUUGGUAGACUGUGCAGUCCCUGGAAGGCCCAAGGCAUACAAGUGCCCCCCAGGCCUGCCAUAGUUGCCCGCCUCUGGGUAGUUAGCCAAAAACUCUAAAAGACCAUUCUUUCCUGGCCAUCAGUGUGCACUUGGAUGAUCCCUGCGUUAUGUCUACAUACGCCUUGCAAAUCGCUUGCAGCCAGCAUAGCCUACAAAUGUACUGAUCAAUCGUCUGAGAUGGCACUUCCCCAGCUGCUUUUUAAAUGUCCUGGUUUCUUCUCCUUCCACUUUGUCCUUGGCUUCCUUCCAUUGCUGCAAACUGAGUCCAAAAUGCAAAAGUAUGGGGAGGAGAAGGGAGAAAAGGAAAGCAGAGGCAAGACUUUGGCCCAGUCAGUUCAGGCAAAAGCAAACUGCUGCAGCCUCUCUCAACUUGUGGGUUCUUCCUCAUGAAUACCUUUUGUCACCUUGACCACACUCCAAAGUGGCUUGGCCAGUUUUAAUUUGCAAAAUGUUAUGACAGGGCUGAACACACACUUCUUUUUUCCUGUAGUUUGGGACACAGUUAUGCUAUGCAGACCUACUUUGAAUUUUAAGUCUCCUUGUGCCCAAUGGGGCCAACUCCCACGUAAAUGCACUAAAGACUACAUGCUAAAUCUAGUGAAUCGGUUUGGAAAGGAGCAUGUCCCCCUUUUAACACUCUGCCACUGUGCUCUUCUUUGAACUGAGUGCCAGUGCCUGUUUUCAAAAGAUCUAUGGGACCCUAAAGUUCACAAAAGGAGCAUGCUAUUUUCAGUUUGUCCGUUUUGCAUUUCCACAAAAACAAACAAAGCGUCUGCCAAAUGUAUGCCUCUGAGGCGGUGGUUGCAAUGCUCCCCCCCCCUUCCAGACGCUCAGCAAAUCCAGUGGAGAAUUUAGCUGCAAAGAACCAGCUUGCUUCUCCAGCUGUGUCUUUUUAAGAGUCAAGGGGACAAAAGGGCAGGGAAGCUGCACCUGCUGGUUUUCGGCCCAUCCUUUCCUUUCCCUUUAGAGGAAGGAGCUGGCACCUCCUUUGCCAAGAGCAGGCCUUGGCAGGUCAGAGGAAGGAGGAGCGCAGAAGGUGUGAGAAGGCAGACUGCUCCCUGGCAGCCUCUUCUGGCUCAGAAUGAGGAAGGCCCACCAGUAUUGGGUUGUGGCGGGGUCCCUCCUCUCCAUUGUCCUAUAUACCAGCUUUGUCAAUCGGCAGCACCAGGCGAGUGUGCCUUGCCUUCAGGACUCCAUGAACCUCCAGCCACCAGCCCUUCGGGGCAAGGAUAUCAGCCUGAGCGAUGGCACCUUAACUUUUCACCUCGACAGGAGCAUCUACGAGGACCUCUUCCCUGAGCUCCAGUACUACCAGUGCCGAGAACUGGUCUCCCAGGAUGACUUGUGCCAAGGGGAGGUCCCCGGGGGUCCCCCGCUGCUCCUGCUGGCCAUCAAAUCCCACCCGGCAUCAAGCAACCGGAGAGCCGCCCUGCGCCGUACCUGGGCCCAGCCGAGGGUGGCUGGGGGCUUCCGGCUGAAGUACGUCUUCCUGAUGGCCACCAGCCCUGAUGCCAGGCACGCCAACCUGGUCAAGCAAGAGAUCAACGCAAUUGGAGACAUCUUGAUGUGGGAUUUUGUGGAGUCGCACCACAAGCUGUCCCUCAAAGAGCGCUGUUUCCUCCAGUGGCUCCAGCAGCACUGCCAGCAAGCCACCUACGUCUUCAAAGGGGAUGAUGAUCUCUUUGUAAACAUCGAGGCACUCACUGAGUACCUCAACCGGACGCCCAAUGCUUCUGAAUUCAUCCAUGGGAACAUUCAGUACCAUUCAACUGUGGUGAGGACGGGAAAGUACGCAGUCUCUCCGGCUUUCUACCCAAUGAACCGGUACCCACACUUUGCUUCCGGAGGGGGGUUCAUCAUGCCCCGAACCUCCAUCUCAAAACUCUACAAAACAUCACUGUGUUUCCCUGUCUUCCCACUGGACGAUGUCUAUCUGGGGUUCUUGGCCUUGGCGGCUGGGGUCCAGUAUCAGCACAACAAUCGCUUCCGAGUCUGGGGGCCUCCAAAGGAUGAAUUCGAGGUGUACCGAAACUCUGUGGUGGUACAUGGGCUCUCAAUGGAGAGAAUCGAGCAAGUGUGGAAAGAGAUCCAGAAGCCCGUCCAGCCAAGUAAUCCUGGCCACUAGCCUUUGCACUGGAGGAGAGGGUGUGUUGAAGCCCUUUCAUCUGCUCACACACGGGAAUGAGACUGACCAGACCAAGAAGUUGUGGGGCACUUUGAGUGACCGUCUCCUAUUUUGCAGAAGAAGAGGGCUGUCAGAUGCUGCUGCUGUCCAGUCCUGGUUUGGCCUGGGGGGGGGGGGAAUCAUAGAAGGAUAGAGUCAGAGAGUGGGAAGGGGACACAAGGGUCACCUGUUCCAUCCCCCUGAAUUCCAGCACCCCUGAAAGAUGUCUACCCAACCUCUGUUUAAAAACAACCCACUGCUUUAUUGCACAUGUAUAUGCCCUGUCCCCUAUGGCAAAGACCUCUGUAUCUUGGCCUGUUGGUACCAUGUCCAGCUGCUCUGCCCCUUGGGUCUCCCUCCUAACCCCCAAUAUUGAUUCCAGCUGUGUUGUGAUCUUCUGGUUAAGUCAAGGCAGACUACCCAUAUCUGCUAGGUGGGGAGCCACGCAGCUGCCUUGGCUGGGGCAGCCUUUUGUGCCGCAGAGUCUCAGGACUAGUAGAUCUGUGGUUCACAAACUAGAAAAGGAAGCCCUCUCCUCUGCAGGGGAUUUUUGGCUCAACUGGAGAAAGUUGCGGCAGGUUGGUCCCCUUCUUUAACUAAGAGGAUCGGAUAGCAGGAGAUGGAAAGACCCGAGAUCCUCCCAAAAUAAUGCAGGAGACCCAGGGGCACGGGACAUGGUGGUCAGCGGCCAAAUUUCAACUCCAGGAACCUCUGGGGGCCACAUGGACCUCCCAAAUGCCAAAGCACUGUUUUAAAUUGUUUGUAAUCUUUUAUACCUGUCUGAACUUGGUACCGUGUUCAACUGUUUUUAAUCUAAUUAAAUAUUGUUUUUUAAAAAAUUGUUUUAACAUGUUUAUAUUGAUACUACCUGUAUGCCGUCUUGAGAUUUUGUGAUACAGAUUAGGAAAGAAAUGCUUUAAUCAAUACAUGUAUUUUUUAAAAAAGGAAAAAAUGAAAUAAAAAGGAUCUGAAACCUA